AUGGACGAGCUGGAUGAAUUCCCGAGCUCAGGGGGCUUACACCUCCCGUCCUCCGACGAAGAUAGCGAGCUGCCCUCCACGAAGGGGGAUAUCAAAGCCUUGCUCCGCAAAAUGUUUGCCGCAGAUGUGGCCACACUGCGAGAAGAAAUACAAACAGUAGAGGGGCGCGUCAAAACAACAGAGGGAGAAACGAAAGACAUCUCCGCCCGGUGUACACAACUGGAAGCCCAAAACACAGAGAUGUGGCGCGCUCAGUCUCAACUCACCAGCCGCCUAGACCCACUAGAAGACCAGCACAGGAGCAGAAAUGUAAAAAUCCGGCGUAUCCCGAAGACUGUGGCCACAGGCGACCUGACACACUACGUCGGGAGACUGCUCGCCUCCCUGCUCUCAACACAACAAGCACGCCUAACUGAGAUAGAUGGGACCUACCGCAUCCCGAGAGCCGCCACAGCACCAGCAGACACCCCACGGGAUGUCAUCCUGCAGCUACGAAGAUGGGCAGCCCAACUGACCCUUAUGACUGCCGUGAGAAACAAGGCAAAUUACCCAUUUGAAAAUGCUACCUUAUCCUUUUAUCAGGACUUGUCCAGGCCCACAGUGAUAUGGAGAAGCCAGCUCAAGCCACUAACAGCCACGCUCCGUCAACACUCUAUCCCAUAUCAGCAUUCCCUAGGAGCCUGGUCAUCUCUCAUGGGGGCGCAACAACCCGCCUAA